AUGCCUUCCGUCAGCCAGCUCGUCUCUGCUGCUCUCGCAGCAGGAGCUUUCACCACCGUGAAUGCGGCUAUGGGUCCUGCCUUUAGCACUGGUCCUGUUGCCUCCAACUCCUUCAUCCGCGAAGCAACAUCCACUCUUAUCCUGCCCACCCUGAGCGAAAAUAACAAAGGAGAUCUUUCCCUCUGGGUCGGCAUGGGCACCUCCAAUGGAGACUUGAUCCAGUCCAUCGCCGACAAGUGGCAAUCCAAUGGGUGGAGUGUCUUUACAUACACGCUCCUGAAGACUGGAGACAAAUACGACGACUCGUCUCGCAACUACACGCAGACGCUCUCCGUGAACGGGCAAGUCGUUUCCACACUCUCCACCAGCGACGGAUAUGCCCAGGGCUGGGGCAGCGCUGUGGAGUGCGCCGCAACCGACUGCGGCACCGUCGGUGCUCACUCCUGGAUUGACACCAAGAUUAUCCUGGACAGCCCGGAUCCCAACUACAAAAACACCAACUACAAGGGCCAGGGUGUCACGGGCGAGAUGUCCACUUCCGAUGGUGGCAAGACUUGGACUGUUAGCACGAUUAACAUCCCUCAGUUUACUUUCUAA